CCCGCCAUCGUGUGUUUUUGGUGUGGCCUUCGUAAUGCAGACUCCCCGUUUUCAUGCCUAGGGCGCUGUGUGGACGCACUUAUGUAGGUCAAGAGCCAUUAUCCUACUAUCACUACCUUCAUUCCCAACACUCUGAUGCCUAUGCACACAAGUCUUAACUAUGAUAUUCCUGCGUUGCCCAUGCACCACAUCCAUAUGUGUCUUGGAAGACGCAAGAAGCAAGCAUGUCAUCAGUCCCAUGCAAGCGUCCGGAGCAAUAUGUAUAUCAGUUCGGGACAAUCGUCCAAGUUCGAAUACAGGCCCACAAUGCUGAACUCUGCUUCACCAUCGUCAUAUCCCCAUCACUCCUCCCCGAGACGCACACUUGAUCAGCCAGAAAACCCAAAAUCAUUCACCAUGUCGAGCAGAACUGGGAGAGCCAAGUUAGCAAGCACUUGUCCUGCCGCGAAAAGGAUUGUCAGGGCCAGUGUGUAUAGAGAAUUGCAUUGCCUAGUCGUGAUGUUAGCCCAGACAUUUGGCAGCACUCCAUAUCUGUAUGGAUUAUGUAGGACUUCGGUCUCCACAUCUUAUAGUCACAUCGAUUCUUGCAAUUACCUUCCGCUGUGAAAACAGGGGACUCUAGCCUCACUCAACCGAUAGGGUUUUCGCGAUGACGACGCUAUAAUCCUGAGAUGGCCAGUUCCAUGUAGUUUGCAUUGGUGAAGAUGGCUGAGUCAUCAACGUGGAAGGCGAUAAUGGAGUCCGCAUGUUUGCGUAUGUGUCUGCGUGGCAUCUUCACGGCUA